ACACCGACUUACGACGCUCAACUUCUCCCCGUGUCCGCAAUUUGUUCUCGAAACUUCUGGUUAAAGUCAUCAUUUGAAGAUCACGUUGAAACUAGCUCAGCCAAGGUAUUCGAACCCCCUUCGGCCUCACAGGAGACCUCACAACGCUCGACGACCUUCAGGCUCACCAAGUCUCGAUCCCGCAGUCGUAGCCCACGUCGGCGAUCUUAUUCUCGGGGACGCUCCGGAUCUCCCAGACGCUCCCCAUCAGUGCGUCGCCGCUCACCCUCCGUGCGACGCUCCCGAUCACGCGACCGACGUAGCCGGUCAGAUAGCAAGAGCAGGUACAUAAGUCCAGAGAAAAGCCCCUACCGUCGCACCACAUCACGUUCCAAUUCUCGAGAACAACGCAGUCGAUCAGACAGUAGGAACAGAUACUAAACAUGUGAUGAAUACUGGUAAUAAUUUUGGACAGUUUUAAUGAACUGUAUUAUAGUGAUGAAAGUGAUUUAAGUUUGUGUGUAUUGAGAUUUAGUGUUAUAUAAAGCUUUAGAACUCAUUUCACUGGUUGUGGAUAAUGCUAAUUGAAGGAUGACUGUAUUCAACAGAUAUAAGUUAUUGAUAUAUCAAUCCUUUUUACCAUCAAAUUUCUAUAUAUUUGUGGGAUAUUUCUAUUCGCAAUUGUGAAGUUGUAGUUGAGGUAAAACAAGUCCUAAUAGCCUAUUCUACCUCCUGCUGUGUUAAAGUCUAUUCGUAGCGUAUGUAUAAUCUUCUAUCUUCGUAUCAUACAGUAUCCUGCACAACUGGUGAAACAGCUCCUUAGUAUAAUGAAAUGACUUUAUCGGAUUUUAUUGUGGUUUAUUAGGUUUUUACAUUCUCAACAUUUAGGAUACUUUACAGCAACCAUGGUUAUGCGAGGACUCCUCCCCAGAAAUCCGAAAAAGUUGUUUCAGCCCCUCCUUGUAAAUUACAUAUUUGUAUAAAUUAUCAAUUUUAAUAAUGUGACUGUUUCAGUUGGCACCUUACUGUCUUCUGUAAUAGGUAUAUAAUUACUUUUAAGUCUACAAAAAAUAAAUUAUUAGAUUUUAAA